CAACUACAUCUAAGUCUUCAAUUAUCUUACACACUAAGUAAUCAAAAAUAAAUAAAAUACUUACAUCCCACUCAUCGAUUCAAUAAUUAUAUAAGUAAUUAACAUCUGUCAAUAAAAAUAUAAAUCACAUACAUAUCACGUACACAUUUAAUUAAAUUAAUCAAUUAGUACAAAUAAAAAAAAAAAAAAACAAUUGUCUAUUUAUGUAACAACCGAGUGGUAUUGCGUAAGUCAAUUAAAAGCCGGCUCGAGGUUGUCACGCAUUUAUAAUUUCUAUUAUUUCCUGAAACCUUAAGAUUAUAACUAUAAGACUGCAAAAAAAAACCUAUUAUUGAUUGAAAGUGUUCAUUUUUAUACACAUACAUACAUAUAAAUACAUUGAUAUACAUUAUACAUAUAUAUAUCCAUAUAAAACAUAAAACAGAUGACUCUAUAUAUCAGUCGCGCCAUUACCGCUGCAGGUCGUUCGUCGUUGUCUUGUUUAAAACGAAGUUUUCACUUGUCUCCAAAAACGAUGGUUAUCUCUGUUGGUGAUAAAAUCCCGUCAGUUGAUUUGUAUGAAGAUGCGCCCAGUAAUAAAGUAAAUGCCGCAGAACUUUCUUCUGGUAAAAAAGUUAUCAUUUUUGGUGUUCCUGGCGCCUUUACACCCGGAUGUUCAAAGACUCAUUUGCCGGGAUAUAUCGCAAAAGCUGGUGAAUUGAAAUCAAAAGGCAUUGACGAAAUAGUUUGUGUCAGUGUCAAUGAUCCAUUUGUUAUGUCUGCGUGGGGAAAAGAUCAAGGUGCUGAGGGCAAGGUACGAAUGCUUGCCGAUACCAACGCUGAAUUCACAAAAGCUAUUGAUGUAGCUAUGGAUCUUGCAGUCCUAGGUGGUACUCGUAGCAAACGUUACUCUUUGGUAGUAGACAACGGAAUUGUCAAGGAAGUCAACAUUGAACCUGACAAUACCGGACUCAGCUGCUCGCUCGCAGAUCAUAUCAAAGUUUAAAAAAUCCGCUGUUUGAUACUUUUUUAUUUUGUUUCUUAAAUUAUUUAGAUGAAAACAAUUAAACAUUUAAGUUGAUACUUUAAAAGUACAAAAAUGUUUAUU